GCUGUUGAGGGAGAUGUUUGCAAGCUGUCCACUUAUUGGAACCAGGGCGUUGGCGUCGCUGUCCGAGCGCCUGCUGAUGGGAGAUCUUUGGGCUACCAUAGCUGACGCCUGUUCGCUUGCGAUGCUGGACGGAGAUCCUUGGAUUACCCCAGUUGGCCUUGGUUCGUCAAUUGCGGUCGUGUACUAAACUGGAGACAAUCAGUAUGUGAUUCCAGAAAACCCCAUUCUCGGCCCGAGGCGACUGCAGGGCACGCCGGCCCGCUUCAGGAGUCUCAAAUAGAGUCAUUCCAUCACGACAACGACGUGUCUUCCUAUUGUACACCGGAUGGAAACCCAUUGCACGUAGCCGACCCUGUCCCAACCAUUCCAAGGCAUUCCAAACCGUCCCCUUUGUCACAUUGGGGUCCCCUCUUUUGAAGAAGACUUGCUGAUUGAAAUGGAGGUCCCUCACUUGGAAUGGUCACGUUCACUGUGGCCUGGUUUGAAAUUGACUGCUGAAGAGAGUGAACUUCUAGAAGAGAUUUGGUUGCUCGAUCUGCCUUUUCUUGUUGACAAUCCGAGUGGACUCGCCUACGCAGUUGUCGUGGAUCCAAUGUCCUUUUUGCCUGCUUACUGUCGGUUGUCAAGCCUAUAUGAAAAGCAUGGAUUUCGACGGUUCAGCGCCAUCCCACUUCGCCGCUCCCUCAUCCAAAGCCAUAUUCGCAUCGACACAGUCAUCCUGUACCAGCAUAUCCUUGGCAUCACGCGACAAGAACAAGGUGUCCAAGUUUCGCAGCAGGAUCCGGCGAUCCUCUGGGUCAGUUGCGGUCGCCAGCAUCUGCAAAUACCAUUGGAUUAUCUCGUUUCGGGUAAGGCCGGAUGGUCUUGGUGACGAGGGCCCAGGAUCUCCUGCGGCCACUUGACUUGGUGCGCAGGGAUAUCCCUGCGCGGCUCCUGAGGAUUCCACGGGAUACCCCGUGUGAUGCCCGACCACGGUCGUGAAAGGUAAUUGCGGAGGUGCAGCCGCAUGUUGAGCCGACGAACCGGCCGACCCCGGACAUUGUUUGUAAAUAUAUAUACGGGCCCUUGAAAAGGAGGAAUUGCCGGGGAUGUCCCCGGCAUGGGGUUUUCAACGGGGUUGUUGCUUGUCGCCGAUGAUCCUGCGGCUGCUGCUGUAUUGGUAUUGGCAGGAGGUGUUCCAGAGAAGAAUUUUAUCAGGCCCGGAGGUGGUAUUGUGUCGGAUACCCGAAACAUCAACAGGACCCAGGCUGAUUACAAGUGGCAUAGAAGGUCCGCUACAGCCCCUCCUCCCGGUCAACAAAACUUCUAUGUGGGCCACGGAUAUCAAGCAAACACCCAUCGGACGGCUACGUCCACUACAAGGCCUCCUGUUCAAGGUCAAUGGGAUCUUACUCGUCAACGCGAUGCCCUUCUGACACUCUCGUGCCUUUGUUUGUUUUGCCCUCGUUCGCAACCAAAACUUGCUUUCUCUGCUACGUUGGUAAAUGCCGGGGCCCCACUACACCUCACAAGCGAUUUAUCGCUGAUCUAAAGCAGAGGGAGAGUGAUUAGCAGUGGGUUCUUCCUGGGCACGGCCAUUGUGCGUGGUCAAGACGAUGUUUACGCAUUGGUGCUGUAUGGAGGAGUUGGUACAUAUGGGAGGGGGAAGGUGGCGGAUAUGUUAAGACAUCUGGUGGGGUGGUCGGGCCGCCUUUGGGGACGGGUUUCCUUACUUACUUGAAAUGUACGUGCAAGAGGGUGGGCAGACUAAAUAGAUCUAUAUUUAUAACUAGUGUGAACUCGUGCCUGCAAUGCACUUGACAAAAUAACUGAAAAAUACAGAAGAUGCAGUUUAUUUAUAUC